UGUGUGUGUGUGUGUGUGUGUGUGUGUGUGUGUGUGUUGUGUGUGUGUGUGUGUGUGUGUGUGUGUGUGUGUGUGUGUGUGUGUGUGUGUGUGUGUGUGUGUAUUUUGCCGCACUGUGUGUUAUUCUCUACAGACCGGCAGUACGUAAUCUUCUGACAAAUUCUCAGUAAUCCACACCAUACACUGUACGCUAUACACCCGUGUACUACUGAAUAUACAACAUCAUCAGGAGAACAUGUUUGCUUCAAAGUUACAUGGCAAUCUCAAGACUGUCAGUAAGUUUGUUCAGCGUGGUUAUGCUGUGAGUGUACAGAGCCGGUUAGUCCAGUCAACCAGCGGAUCAAGGUUAUGUGUUACUAGCAAGGUGAAUCAGACAUCAGCACAGUCCAGACAGUCAGUUAGGUGGAGAUCAGAUCAGUCUGGUCGUCAAGUCUCUACGGUACAUGAUGCUGUUGAUGCCAUUGAUUCAAUCUGUGAUAGCAUUUGGAAGAAACGCACUGAUCAACCCGCCAGUGAACUGAUAUCACAAUGUUCUCUCAUUCAACGUCAUGUUACUGAACUACUGAGUGCGAAAAAGAUCACGACCCUCCUGCACGCAUGCGCUCUUAUCAAUUCUCCUUUCAGUGAGGAGAACACUGACGUCACCAAGCUGACAGUGUCUUUACUUAAUCAGCUAGCCAGUCUACCUACUGAAAUCUGGCAAGAAAGCAAGAACCAACACAACCUGUUAUGGGCAGUGUGCUGGGCCGCAAAGUGCCGAUGUUCAACUACAGAAUUCACGAAGUUACUACAACAGCAGCUUGAUGUCAUGCGCAUUGAGGAAUGUAGAUGUGUUGUUCAGUGUGCAUAUGCAUUGUUUAAAUUGAAUUCACCGGACCGUUGCCUGGCCCAACACCUGAUGAAUCGCUAUUUGACCAUACAGAGUACAGAUGUUCCCACUGAGCGGCGCAAUGCUGAAGUACAUGGACUACUUCUCUACUGUACACUGUGUGGUGUAGAGUGCAGUGCCUUGCUGAAGCUGAUCAAUGUUAAUCUUCUGAUACACAGACGCUUACCUCACGUUGUGCAAUUGCUAUAUUUACACAACACCCUCCCUGUCACUAACAAACAGCGGCUACAGAUAUUGAAAAGAUCAUACGAUUUUGUGCGGUACGAGAAGGAUUUGACAAGUCAGCAGUCAGGUGGAAUGUAUGACAUGCUGUCAUACUUCAUUGGCUCAAAGUACACCACUGGCAUAUCUCUGGUUGAUGGUGUGAAAGUUCAGGCAUUCUGCAUCUUCAACCAAGACCAUGAACCAGUGGAGACUGACGCGUAUCCAGCUGAUGUAUACAAAGGUGUAUCAGUAGAUAUGACUGCAGCUAGAUGUCAUGGUUUCAGUGUUGUGGCCUAUCUGGGUGUGAGGGACAACCCGUUCACCCAGUUCCUACGUCAUCCUGUACAUUCACCUACCGGGUAUGAAACUCUUCAGGCAUCGGCACUCAAAUCUCAAGGAUGUUAUAUUAUUCCGAUGGAACUCAAAUAUGGCGCUCGGCACUCGCAGAAAAGCAGCCACAUUAUCCCGGAUUUGCUGAUCAAUUAUCCGCAUCACAUCACCGUGUUCAAAGACCUGUUAUCUGCCAAGCAGUGAUGAACAUACACACUGAUGUCAUGCUGUACAAG